AUAGUUGUACACCCUCCGCCAGUUUGUCUAUCGUAUCUCAGGUCUGUGCAGUGACAUUGUCAUUGACAGCAAACAAUUCGCCAAAACGAGCCGACUGCACUACGGUCAUCGGCCACACAACAAGCUCCAAGCAACUCUUUAGCAACGGCAGAACCCCACAACCACUACACCCUUUAUCACGGUCUGUGCAUUCGCACAUCGUUACCACUAUGGCUAGAGCACUCGGGAACAACUCAAUUCACAGUGGCUAGCAUCGCAGCGCCUUGAGUCGACAACUUGGACACUGCACACCACAUUCGCAGUUCUGUGCUGUUCCGCUGCGGCCGGUCACCAUUCGCAUCCGCAUUUGCCUCACACGUUGUUCCAAUUCUUUGCUCAUCAAGUUCAAGUUGAAUUCAUAGUCAAAAACGAAUUCGUAAUUGAUGUUGAUGUCGCUGUCGCUGUCGAUGUUCAUGUCGCCGCUUGUUCUGCGCGUUGUCUAACGGAGUUCGUGUUGUAUUUUGAAAGAAUAAAUACAAAAGUGCCGCCUUUGUUACUUCUGCGCUUUGAGCUGCUCCUAAGCGUAUUGCAUCGGUCAUUGGACAUAUGUAUGUAUAAGUGUGCCAAAAAUUCGGGAUUGUGAUUUUACAUGCGCUGUCGUUCAAAUUUGGUGUUCCGUGCGAUCGCAAACUAACAGUAACGUGCUUCGCUGACAUUACCCAAUAAUCAAAGGGUGUUUGGGUGCGUUGUUACUUUGGGUUUCGCCGUCGGGGAGUUAAUUCAAAUAUUUUCAGUUUCGUUGGAAGUGCAAUCAGAGCCACGAUCAGUUAUUUUUUAAUAGUCGAUUACAAACACAUGCACAUUUAUACGGAAGCUCAUUGAACGAAACCUAUCCUUUUAAACUACGAAGGUUCGCAAAAUAAAGUUUACGGAACUUGUGUAUUGAAGGGCUGCUGUCAACUUCUACCUAAAAACUGAAAAUUAUAAAAAUAGUGAACAAACAUACAAAAGAAAUGCAAUAUCGCCGUGUUAUCAACUUUCGUACAAUAACAUUAUCGUAACAAGGCAAUUAAAUACUAAUAUAAUAUAACGAUUGUUCAAAAAAUUAAAGAUUAAGGAGAGUGCGUGAUUUAUCGACAAAAUAUUACGACCACUUCGGAAAAUGAGUGAAUGGGAUGGGUUAAACUAAAAUCAUAAAAUAAAUAAAUUACUGACAAUAAAACAUAAACAAGGGAUCAGUCUCUGUUAGACAAUUUUAUAUGUGAAAUAAGCUUUCAGGUGAAAGUUCACUUCUAACAUUAAAGCAUCCAAGUGAUAAGAUCUACGAGAGAUAUGCAGACGACCACUUCGGAAAAUGAGUGAAUGGGAUGGGUUAAACUAAAAUCAUAAAAUAAAUAAAUUACUGACAAUAAAACAUAAACAAGGGAUCAGUCUCUGUUAGACAAUUUUAUAUGUGAAAUAAGCUUUCAGGUGAAAGUUCACUUCUAACAUUAAAGCAUCCAAGUGAUAAGAUCUACCAGAGAUAUGCAGGUAUCAAAAGAGUGCUUAUAGGACAUAUAAAACAUUUAAACCAUGAAGUAAAUGUUUUGUUCUAUAAAAACUCGUCAUUGCGAAAGUGACAGUGCGUUAAAAUGCGUUAAAAUAAUAAUUACAAUCGUGCAAACUUAACUUCGUAGAGGCUUCGAGAAUGAAAGAAAAUGUUUUAUCGCAUUGAAAGUUUAAGUAAUGGUUGGUAAUUGCUAAACGAAACCAAAUCAAAUAUCAAUAAUUUGAUAAUAUAAUUAAAGCAGCGGGUCCGAGUCAUGAAUUUUUGUUAUUUAUCUCUAACUUUUUUGUAAGCUGUUAAUUGUAUGUUUGGAAAUGACAUAUAUACAGACAUAAUAACAAUAAUCAAAACUUAGGCCAGCAGUUGGAAGUUUCUUCGGCACAAAUAUACUUCAAAUCAACAGUUGUGUUUCAAUAUCAAAACACUAAAACUUAAUAGCAGUGAAGGUGCGUUGUUAUACGUACUGGUAUAUCCAACUAAAGUGAGCAUCAACAUUUCAGUCUACAUUCGCCCACCUUCUUCGCAACUGCACGGUCAUCACCCACGCAUAGCGAAUAGGUUUCGUAGCUGUUCUUUAAUGGUUUCGGAGGAUAAUUGGAACAGCGACACAAUGUCCGAUUCGGACAUGCAUGACUCAAAGGCAGACGUUUGCGGUGGGGCCUCCAGCAGCAGCGGCAGUUCGAUCUCCCCUCGCACUCCACCCAAUUGUGCACGGUGCCGUAAUCAUGGACUCAAAAUCACACUAAAAGGACACAAACGGUAUUGCAAGUUCCGAUUUUGCACUUGUGAAAAAUGUCGCUUAACCGCCGAUCGUCAGCGCGUCAUGGCACUGCAGACUGCUUUGAGACGGGCACAAGCGCAGGACGAGCAAAGGGUUCUGCAGAUACACGAGGUACCCCCAGUGGUACACGGACCAACGGCAUUACUUAAUCAUCAUCACUUGCACCAUCAUCAUCACUUGAAUCAAAAUCAUCAUGCAAGUGCUGCAGCUGCAGCAGCUGCUGCUGCGGCUCAUCAUCAUAUAUCGACAGCGAUCCGUUCUCCGCCACACGCCGAACAUGGCGGCGGAAAUGUUAGCAGUAGUGGUGGUAUAGCCGGUGGAAUAGGUUCUGCUAUCACCUCUGUACCUGGGUCGGUGCCACCACCCGAACAUCACAUGACCACAGUGCCCACUCCAGCACAAUCGCUAGAAGGUUCUAGUGAUACAUCUUCGCCAUCACCGUCGUCUACUUCAGGAGCGGUAUUGCCCAUAUCGGUGGUAGGACGCAAACCAUCUCUGCAUCCCAAUGGAGUAAAUAUUCCUUUAGCUCAAGAUGUCUUUUUGGAGCAUUGUCAAAAACUAUUGGAGAAAUUUCGAUAUCCAUGGGAGAUGAUGCCAUUAAUGUAUGUGAUAUUAAAAGAUGCUGGGGCAGAUAUUGAAGAGGCUUCAAGACGCAUUGAGGAAGGCCAACAUGUCGUAAACGAAUACUCCCGUCAACACAAUCUGAAUAUAUAUGACGGGGGUGAGCUGCGCAGUACGACAAGGCAAUGUGGAUGAUAAUUUUUAACGUAAUUACACAACAAAUUAUGAUUUCAAUAAAGUUAAAUUAAUGUAAUUAUAAAGUUUAAUAAGUACAUCAGUUCAAUGCAAUUAAAAUCAAUAUAGCAAAUAUAGUUGCAAACUAUCUCUUAACUUAAACCGGGAAAAAUUAGUAAGCUCAGCAAUCUACCGUUGGAAACGUUUUCCUUUUAGCAAAGUUGCAAACCGUUUUUUGCUCUAUGCUAAUUUUUAUUCUUUUAUGUGUUAUAUGGUUGUGUGAAAUAAAUCUUUUACUGAAACUGCAAUCAACUAACAAGUGGAUCGAUCGACCUCUUCAAUCAACAUACCAAACAGCCACUUCUACAAUCAACUAUCCAAUCCGGCACAUCUUUAGUUUCUUCAGCAAUUAAUCCAUAUCACUAUGGGCCGCCAAAUAGGAAGUUUAACAGCUCUGCAAUCAACAUACAAAGGAUAUCCAUCGGCAUUGGAGUUAAAGGGCACGAUAAAUAUGUAUACCAACAUACUCUUAAAAAGCAGCGUACAGAUUAAUGACUAAACUGUUGAAUUUUUAUAAAUAAAAUAUAAAUACAAUA